AUGCUUCAAAUCAAUGUUUUUGAUAAAAAAAUUGUUUAAUAAUAAGAUUUAAGAGCUUUAGUAAAUUAAGAUUUAAAUCUUACUCUGUCAAAAUUCAUAAUUGAUUAGAUUUAUCAUAGAUAUAUUUUUUGCUUUAAUGGAUAAAAAAUAGCUUAUGUUUGGAAUUUUUCUGAAGGAUAAUAAGAGUAAUCUUUGUUUUUACCUAAGAAUUUAGUAAAGCAAAUAAAAAUUGAAAAAAAUUAUCUAUUUAUUUAGUGUGUGUUUUAAAUAAAUAUUUACAUAAUUGACACAAUAAUCUAACUAUCAACAGUAAUUAAAAAAAAUUUUAUUAGUGACAGAAUUACUGAAUUCAAACUUGUUAAUGAUAAUGCAGUGGCAGUUUUUUUUAUUGACAAGUUUGAACUAUUUUUGAUUAGUGCAACAAAAGUUUAAUUAAUUUCUUAGUAAAGUUAUACAUAUCCUAGACUUUUAAGUUAUUAUUUUGAUUCUUAGAGGAAUAUUUUAAAUAUAAUAGGUUUACAUAAAAUUGGAGUAUUUGAAAAUAAUUAUAGUUUGGAUAUUUACUAUGAGGAUUCAGUUAAUGAAUGCUCUAUUUUGGUAUAAAAUUAUGAAUAUGAAUAUACUCGAUAAUAAUUAGGUUAGAUUUCUCCUAAACAAAAAUAAAUUCAGACAGCAAAUGGAGUUUAGCUAAUCAGUCAAUAAACUUAGCAAAAUUAUAUCUACUUGUAAGUUCCAACUAUUUAAAUUGAAAGUAUAAUUUAAUACAUUUCUUAAUUUAGUAAUAACCAAUACAUUUUCUCUCCAUAUGAUAACUAGAAUAAUGUUUUGUCUCUUAAAAGUGAUAUUUUUUUAAGCUUUAAUUAACCUAUCCUUUAGUUAUUUAAUUUUAACCUAAAUUUUUAAAAUUAUACAAAUUUGCUUGUAAACCUCACACAAAAUCAGAAUAUCUAACAAAUAAUAUUAUAAAAUAUAACUAUAAACGUAUAAUGCCUUGAUAAUAAUUAAAUAUAUGCUUCUAAUAUUUAAAAAGUUGUAAUUUAAAACUUAAAGAUUACUUAAUUAGAUUUUAGUGGAUGCUUAAAUAUUAAUUAAUAAAGUUCUUUGUUAUCAUUUUAUAAUAUAUCAGAGGUGUUUAUUUAUAAUUUAGAAGUAUCUAAAAAUAAUUUUAGCUAAAUAACUUAGAUACCCAUACUCUAAUUUCAAAUUAGUUAAACAAUUUUAAUGGAAGGAAUAAAAAUAAUAUAAAAUACCAACUUAAAUAGUUUAAUGAACUUUUAGUAAAUAUAAAAGAUAACAAUUUCAAACUCAUUAAUACUUAAUAAUAAUUAAACAAAAUAAUCUACUUUAAGCAUAGGAUUAAUCUAGUUUUAUGGAUGCUAAACAAUAAUCAUUUAAUUGAGUAAAUUUUAAAAUAACAAUUAACUACUUCUAAUUUUUGCAAUUAAUUAAUAUACUGAUUAAAAGCAAAAAGUAAAAGUUAUGGAGACUUUAAUGGAAGAUAAUUUUAUUUUUAGAAAUGUUGAUAUUAAUAGAAAUUAAUUUUUUGGUCAAAAUAUUUUGUUAAUUUAGAGUUCUCUAAUUUCAUUUAAUAAUCUAACAUACUGUUAAAAUGAUGGAUCACUUUUACUUACAAAAUCUUUAUAAGUAUCAAUCAUCAAAAGCUAUUUUUAAGCAAACAAAGCAAUAAAUGGAGGAGCUAUUUAUUUUAAGUCUAUCCAGUAAAAUAUUUAGUUCAAAGAAUCUAUGUUUUUUGAAAAUAUUGCUUCAGCCAGUGGAGGAGCUUUAUACUUUGAAAAUUUAUUUGAAUGCUAAAUCAUUUUUGAUAUGGCAACAAAGAUCAAAAAUAAUAGUGCCUUGAUUGGAGGAGGAUUAAGGAUCGCUUAGACUGAUUCAAGGCAGUUUUAUUUACCUGAUGGUUUUCCUUUCUCAAAAAAUGUAUAUUAGAAUAUUGCUGAAAUAUAUGGGAACGAUAGUACAUCAUAUCUCUAAAACCUUAUUAUCUAAAAUAAUGACAAAACUUAAGAAUAUUUUUUUUCAUUUUAAUUAAAUUAAUAAAAUAUUCCAUAAUUAUAUGUAGAUUAUUAUUCAAGAUCUGCUGAAAUCAGAGGAUUUAAAAGCGGUGAUUUUCUUAAUUUAAGAAUAUAUAUAGUUGAUGGAUAGGGUAGAUAUCUUAGUUUCUCUAAAGAUAAACUAAUAGAAGGUAGUUAUCCAUAUGAAAUAGGAAAAGAAUUAAAAGAUAUAUAAAUAUCAAUCCAUGGCCUGUAAUCUAACCAAAACUUAAUAAAUGGAUAGUAAAUUAUAAAUUACUACUAAUAUGAUACUUUGAGUUAGUCUUUUGAAUUAAAUAGUUUGUAAAUACUUGCAGCUCUCAAUUAAGUGCAAUAUUUUGUUAUAAACUCAACUGUUUAUGCGAGCUCAUAAAUAAAUAAUCCAAUACUAUUAUAAAUUUAAUUCAGAAACUGCAAAGAAGGAGAAAUAAUUUAAUAAAUUAAUAAUUAAAUUUUUACUUGUAAUUAGUGUCCAGAAGGUUUUUAUCAGCUGAGUGAUCCACAAUUACUAUACUAAUAAUCAUAAAGAGAAAAAAGUGAUGUAAAUAGAUGCAUAAAUUGUCCUUCCUCUGCAGUAAUGUGCAAAGCAAAUAUCAUCUAAUUGAAAAAUGGAUUUUGGAGAUAAAAAAAUAAUACAGAUGAAAUAGUUGAGUGUGACUAAAUUAUAAAUUCGUGCUAAGCUCAAAAUCCUAAUAGUAUUAACUAUUGUUCAGUUGGUUAUAUAGGACCUAUAUGCUUAUAAUGCGAUAUUUUAGGUGAAGUUUGGAAAGGCUCUCGAUAUUCAGAAUCCUUAGCAAAAGGGGUUUGUGAAGCUUGUGCAGCAAAAGCAAGUUAAUGGUUUUACAUUAUUUUAAAAAUUGUGGCUUUUGAGGUUUACUGCUUGCAUGUUUUAGGAGUAUUCAUUUAAAAAUUUAAAUAUUCUUAAACCUGUUAUUAUCUAAGAGUAUUAAACAUCCUGCCAAUUAGCACUAAUAGUAUCUCUGACUACUCUGCUUUUUAUAUUAAAAUAAUUCUAAAUUAUUAUUAGCUAUCAGCUCUUUUAAUAACAUAGCCUAAGAUAAUUUCAGUAAAUUUUAAUUUUUUGAAUGAUUUAUUUGGAUCUGGGAAUCGGUAAAUCUCAAUCGGAGCUGAUUGCUUAAUUAAUGAAAGCACUAUUAAGUAACUAGGAAAGAUGCUUUUUUAUACACAAGUUUAAUUUUUGAUUCCUACUGCAGCACUCGUUUUCAUUCCUUUAAUCCUUAAAUUCUAUGAAGAGUUCGCAAAAGUUAAAUUAAGGAAAUACCAUUUUUAUUUAAUUUUUCAUAUAAAUUUUAUAUUUUUUCAAAUUGGCUCAAUAUCGUAUUUCAUAAAAGCGCUAACUUGCAAAAAAAUAGGAAAUGAAUUUUAUAAUCCUAUUGACUUAUCAGUAAAUUGCUAUGACAGUAAUGUAAUUAAGUUUUUAUAUCCUUUCUCUAUAAUAGUGUUAUGUUUUUGGACUUUCUUACCUUUGGUAUUUCUUAGGCUUAUUAGAUUGAAUAAAUAAAAACUAGAUUAAUGCUUGACAAAAUAUAAAUAUGGUUAUUACUAUGGGGAGCUUAAACAUAAGUAUUACUAUUGGGAAUUUAUUAGAAUCUAUUUGAAAAUUAUUAUUAUUUACAUUUACACUCUAUUAAAUAAUAACAGCUAAUAUAUUACCAUCCUAACGAUCACAAUUAUUUUAGGUUUCUACAUUAAACAAGUUUCAUAAAGAAACCCUUUUAUUUCUAUAAGUAUUUAAACAUGCGAAAUAGCAUCUUACACUUUAAUAAUUUUGAAGAUUUAUUUGCAGAUGAUAUAAAUCUAAAAUCCACAAGCAUAAAGUUUUGUAGAAGUAGCUCAAAUAUUUAUAGACUACAUAUUCUUUUUUUGUUAUUUAAUAAUUGUAAUAGGUAUUAUGAUGAGCAAAUAAACAUCUAAACUUGCUAUUUUUGUAAAAAAUAAGCUACUUAAACUAAUUCCUAAAAAAUUAUAUAACAAAUUAAUAAAAUUAAAUAAAGUUUCAUUUUAAACAUAUAUGAGAUGGAGGUUAGUAUCUAAAAAAAUUAGAAAAAAAUCAAAUCAUCUAAAAAUCGAAAUUAAAUCUGAGAACUAUAAAGAGGCCAAUUAUAAGAGGAAUUAAAAAUACAGCAACAAAAAAAUUUAAGCAAAUAAAGUUAAGACCAAUAACUACUAAAUAAUUGACUCUCAAUAGCUUUUUAUUUGA